UAAAGCUUGUUGCUCAAACAAACUCCCCUCCCCCAAAAAUAUUUUCCCAUCACUUUCCCACCGAACUAGCACAAUUCAUUUCCCAGACCAAGCCAAUUUUCCUGCCAAACGCCUCAAAUUUUCCCAUUGAUUUUCUCUCUUAUCCAUGUCCGUCAAGUUGUAUCACCAGAGCCUCCUAUAUUCAAGAAGCUCUUCAAAUCCAUAUCUGUCACGAAAAUCAAUUAGAACUCAGUUUCUCAACAAAAAGGUGGUUGACUUGGAUCAUCUGCUAUUGAACUGGGGUUAUUUAAGGAAGAGAUGCUGUAUAAGGUUUGCUUUAUUAGAGAAUGGUAAUCUUAGUUACAGAUUGGUGGAUUUUAGGAAACAUCGUUCAACUUUUUGUAAAUCACAAAGGACAAAACACCUUGUUCCCUUUGCUUCUGCUGAUGAAAGCGUAACCGUCAAUGGGAGUCCUCAGGCAAGUAGAAGUAGUGAUGUUGAGAAAACAAGGAUCAAACUUGAUCAGUCACUGCAAGGCGAAGAUGAUAGUAAUGGACUUGUUCAAUCAUUGCAUGAUGCUGCAAGGGUGUUUGAACUGGCAAUUAAGGAACAGACAUCAUCAUCUAAAGUAUCCUGGUUCUCAACUGCAUGGCUUGGUGUAGACAAAAAUGCAUGGGUGAAAGGACUAUCUUAUCAGGCUUCUGUGUAUUCCCUAUUGCAAGCAGCAAGUGAGAUUUCAUCCCGGGAAGAUGGAAGAGGCAGAGAUAUCAAUAUUUUUGUCCAAAGGAGUUUUUUACGGCAAUCUGCUCAUUUGGAGAGUGUAAUAAGAGAUAAAUUAUUAGCCCAGCAACCUGAUGCUUAUGAGUGGUUUUGGUCUGAGCAAGUUCCAGCUGUGGUGACCACUUUUGUUAAUUACUUUGAAAGGGACCCACGCUUUACUGCCGCUACUGCAGUGUAUGGAAAAGGAAUGUUGUUGGGUUCAGGGAAUGCAAGUGACAUAUCACUCCUCAUGCUUGCACUGUGUUGCAUUUCAGCUGUCACAGAGCUUGGCCCACCCAGAAUUUCUUGUCCACAGUUCUUCUCCAUGAUUCCAGAGAUAACUGGUAGAUUGAUGGACUUGCUGGUUGAUUUCAUUCCUAUAAGCCAAGCUUACCAUUAUAUAAAGGAUAUUGGAUUACAUAGAGAGUUUCUUGUCCAUUUUGGUCCUCGAGCUGCGGAAUGUAGACUGACAAAUGAUUGUGGAAUGGAAGAGGUUGUAUUCUGGGUGGGUCUUAUACAGAAUCAGCUGCAGAGAGCUGUAGAUAGGGAGAAAAUAUGGUCGAGACUCACUACAUGUGAAAGUAUUGAGGUGUUGGAGAGGGAUUUGGCUAUAUUUGGAUUCUUCAUUGCUUUAGGAAGAAAAAGCCAAUCCUUCCUAUCUGCAAAUGGCUUUGAUGUUUUAGAUGAACCUAUUCAAAGCUUCGUAAGGUACCUUAUUGGAGGCAGUGUGUUAUACUAUCCUCAGCUUUCCUCAAUAAGUUCUUAUCAACUGUAUGUCGAGGUAGUUUGUGAAGAGCUGGACUGGCUUCCUCUUUAUCCAGGCAACAUUGGUACCCCAAAAUUCUCCCAUGGUCAUGGAAGUAAAACAAAAAGUCCUCCCAAUGCUGAAGCCAUCCCCAAAGUAUUAGAUGUUUGCUCUCACUGGAUGCAGAGCUUUAUUAAAUACAGUAAUUGGCUGGAGAACCCUUCUAAUAUCAAGGCAGCAAGAUUUCUCACUAGAGGGCACAAGAAGUUAAGGGUGUGCAUGGAAGAACUGGGGAUACAAAAGACUGAAUUGAUUGAAAGCACUGCUAAGCAAUCUGUUGAGAGGAGUAGAUCUGGAAAAGAGCCAGAUUCUUUUGAUAAGGUAGUCCUCAAUCUCUACAAAAGACAGGCACUGGAAAGUGUUGAAGAAGCUCUGAUAAGGCUAGAGGAGUUGCUUCAGGAGCUGCAUGUAUCAAGCUCCAAUUCUGGAAAAGAGCAAUUAAAAGCUGCUUGUUCUGAUCUUGAGAGCAUAAGGAAACUUAAGAAAGAGGCUGAAUUUCUUGAGGCAUCUUUCAGAGCAAAGGCAGCUUCUCUUCAGCAGGGAGAUGAUAAUCGUUCCUCAUCUUCUACUGCUGAGGAGCAACAAUAUUCUAGAAGGAAGAACAGCAAGGGUGUUGAUGUAGUUCUGGAUAGGAGCAACAGAUUUGUCAAUAAUUCUUGUAGAUUAUGGAACUUCUUAGUGCGCUAUCCAACCAGGAAGCCUGCCCUCGGGUUAUCCACUGCAGAUGGAAGUGAUGUUGAACCUUUUGAACAAUCUACAGUGAGUAUGGCUGGAGCAGGCUCAGAGUCGAGUGAAAUUCAACGUUUUGAGCUUUUAAGGAAUGAGCUAAUUGAACUUGAAAAACGAGUUCAAAGAAGUGCUGAUCAAUCUGAAAAGGAAGAGGAUGAACUUAAUAUGCGUGACUCUGCCAGUUAUGGUGAUGAAGCUGAAGGAAGGCGAUUGCUUCAGGUUCAGAAGAAAGAAAGUAUUAUUGGAAAGUCAAUUGAUAAGCUUAAAGAAACCAGCACGGAUGUUUUGCAAGGGACUCAGCUUCUAGCCGUUGAUGUUGCUGCAGCUCUGGGAUUGCUUAGAAGGAUCCUAGUAGGGGAUGAGUUGACAGAGAAAGAAAAGAAAGCUCUCCAAAGAACUUUAACUGAUUUAGCAUCUGUCGUUCCUAUUGGUUUUCUUAUGCUCCUUCCUGUUACUGCAAUAGGGCAUGCGGCCAUGUUGGCUGCAAUUCAAAGAUAUGUACCAGCACUGAUACCUUCCACCUACGGACCAGAAAGGUUAGAUCUCUUGAGGCAGCUUGAAAAGGUGAAAGAAUUGGAAAGCAGCGAGAUGAUCCUGAACCCAAAUGAAAACACUGAGGAAUUAGUCUGAGAGGCAUCACACCAGUUCCUUUUCCUCACAAUCGAGCAAAUUCUCUUCUGCUUUCAUCUUAACCUGACUAUGAAUCCCUCUAAUGGUAGCUGAGUAUGUGUCUGGUAUGCCAGGUGGGCACCAGUGAAUGCAGUCGUGUGGAGAAGGCACCGGAGUGCCUGGCUAGUGAUGGCUUGAAGGGUGACCUUCUUUCCUAAAGUGGGUUGUAAGAUGUUUUUAAGAACUCUGCUUUUUUGUUAGUAAUUUCCAUCUGUGUAAUAACGUCAUAAAUAAAAAGAUUCAGUGGCUCGGUUUCCAGUUUUGUGUAGUCUGUAUAUGUAGCUGUAUUAGUGUCACAUAUACCCACUUUUUCCAUGCUCCAUGUUCGCAAUUUAUGUUCAAAACCUGGAGUUGUAACACAACAUGCAAUAUGAUGAUAUAACCCUGAGGCGGGUUUGCUAGCAA